GACAGGCAUGCUAAGUUUUCCUUUUUACAAAGACUGCUUUUUUGUGAGGACUGACAAGACAGUAGUAAAAUGAUUUUCUGGUAUACAAAAGCUAUAGUUUUGUUCUCAAUAUCUAAGGACUAGUACUAUUACUAUUAGAUUACCCCCCUAGAGGAAAAUCCAAUACAGGGUUUGUCUUUCUGUAUAGCUUCAGUUAAUUCAACAAGGCCUGAUUAUUGAGUUUCUGUUUCUUUCUUGCUCUCUGUGAAUUGAACAUUUAAUGGAAAGGAUAAGUGAGUUAAAUGCUGCAUUCUUGUUUGUGACAUUCUUGGCCCUUUGGAACACUGCAACAGGGUUGCUUUCUCCUAAAGGUGUCAACUUUGAAGUGCAAGCUUUAAUGGCAAUAAAAGCUGCUUUGAAAGAUCCUCAUGGAGUUCUUGAUAAUUGGGAUGGUACCUCAGUUGAUCCAUGUAGUUGGGCUAUGGUUACUUGCUCUGCUGAGAGUUUUGUUAUUGGCCUAGGGUCUCCCAGCCAAAAUCUAUCUGGUAGUCUUUCUCCAAGCAUUGGCAAUUUAACUAAUCUUCAGAUUAUAUUGCUGCAAAAUAACAAUAUAACAGGACCAAUUCCAAAAGAGGUUGGAAAGCUUUUCAAGCUUCAGACUCUUGAUCUUUCAGAUAAUUUCUUCACUGGUGAUAUUCCUCCCUCUUUGGGACACUUGAAUAGCCUCAAGUACAUGAGGCUCAACAAUAACAGUCUAUCAGGAGAAAUUCCAGUCUCAUUGACUAACAUGUCACAGCUCACUCUUGUGGACUUGUCCUAUAAUAACUUGAGCGGACCAGUGCCUAGGUUUCCUUCUAAGAAAUUCGACAUUGUUGGAAAUCCAUUGAUCUGUGCGACAGGAUCUGAGCCAGAUUGCUACGGAACGCAGCUGCUGCCUAUGUCAAUGACAUUGAACAGUUCAGAAACUCUGCCUUCUGGGAAGCAAAAAAGUCAUAAAAUUGCCCUUGUGUUUGGCUCAAGCCUUGGUUGCAUCUCUUUGCUCGUUCUUGGAAUUGGACUAUUUCUAUGGUCUAGGCAUAGACAUAAUCAACAGGCCUUUUUUGAUGUCAAAGAUCGGCAUCAUGAAGAAGUUUCCCUCGGAAAUUUGAGAAGAUUUCAAUUCAAGGAUCUCCAGAUUGCAACCAACAACUUCAGCAGCAAAAACAUUUUGGGAAAAGGUGGUUUUGGAAAAGUUUAUAAAGGUCAUCUGCCAGAUGGGACUCCUGUGGCUGUAAAGAGGCUAAAUGAUGGCAAUGCAAUUGGUGGCGAGAAACAAUUUCAGACAGAAGUUGAAAUGAUAAGCUUAGCUGUGCACCGUAACCUCCUCAGGCUCUACGGAUUUUGCAUGACACCGAACGAGAAGCUUUUGGUUUACCCCUAUAUGUCUAAUGGUAGUGUAGCUUUUCGUCUCAGAGUAAAACCGGUGUUGGACUGGGGAACAAGGAAGCGAAUAGCUCUAGGAGCUGCUCGAGGACUGUUGUAUCUUCAUGAACAAUGUGAUCCAAAGAUAAUUCAUAGGGAUGUUAAGGCAGCAAAUAUCUUGCUCGAUGACUAUUGUGAGGCGGUUGUGGGAGACUUUGGGCUGGCAAAGCUUUUGGAUCACCAGGAUACCCAUGUCACAACCGCUGUUCGUGGAACGGUGGGGCAUAUAGCGCCAGAAUACCUUUCAACAGGCCAAUCAUCUGAGAAAACUGAUGUGUUUGGAUUUGGAAUCCUUCUUCUUGAACUGAUCACAGGAAUGAGAGCUAUAGAAUUUGGAAAAGCAGCUAACCAGAAGGGAGCAAUGCUUGAUUGGGUUAAGAAAAUUCACCAAGAGAAGAAACUUGAUAUCCUGGUUGAUAAAGAGUUGAAAAGCAACUAUGAUCGGAUUGAGCUAGAGGAAAUGGUUCAAGUUGCUCUGCUCUGCACUCAAUAUCUUCCAGGCCACAGACCAAAAAUGUCUGAAAUUGUUCGAAUGCUUGAGGGUGAUGGACUUGCAGAGAGGUGGGAAGCAUCCCAGAAAUUUGACGGCAGUAACAAAUACAAAACGAAAGAGCUGUCUUCGUCUGAGAGAUUUUCAGAUCUCACAGAUGAUUCUUUGUUGCUUGUACAAGCCAUGGAGCUAUCUGGUCCUAGGUGAGAUAUUGUAUUCUUUAGUACGUAUUUAUACAGAUUGAAAUUCACACUUAGAACUUUCAGGCAGAUUUCUAGAGGCCAGUUGUUAAACUAUGUAUUGUAUAGUAAGGAACCACCAAAGAUUCAAAGAACUUUGAUGUGUUCUUUUGUCCUUGUAUAUGUUCAUGUUAUUAAUUUAAAUGAUUUUAAUUGAGAGUUCAUUUUUUUUUCA